UUCACUUUUUCUUUGAGAUUGUUUUCAGGAAGCAAUGGAGGAGGAGAGACACGGCCAAAACCUAAGGGCCACCUUGAGCCAACAGUCCGCAGCUCUACAAAAGCUCCAAAUUAAGAUUGCUCAAUUGGAGAAAAUAAAUCAGGCACAAGGCCAACGUCCACAUGAAGGAGAAAGGAGAUUUGGAAAUGUACCAGGGGCAGUCUACGUCGAACCCAAGCCACCAGAUCCUUCAAGGAUCAAUCAAACUCCAACUUCUAAAACCCACAACCCUUAUGUUGUUAAUUCUCGGUUUGAUUAUAACUCUUUUGCUGAUAAAGUUGAACUCUUUAAAUUUUCAGGAAAAAGAGGUUAUCUAAGAUGGGAGAGGAACCUUGAUGAAUGGUUUCACUACAACAACAUCCUGAGGAAAGAGAGGCUAGCUUAUGCCAUUGAUCAACUAAAAGAUGAUGCUUUUAAAUGGUGGGUACAAGAAGAGGAUGAUAGAUGGUUUUACAAGGAGCCAGCUAUCAAAACGUGGAGAGCUCUUAAGGAAGUCAUGAGGGAUAGAUUUGCACCAGAUUAUACAAGGUCUGAAAUCCAGGAACUAUAUCCAAGGAGAUAUCCAACUCAUGGUUCCAAAGAAGCAAGGAAAAUUGUGGAACAAGAAGUUCAAAGAGUCUUGCCUAAAGAAGCCAACUUUCAGCCAAACCAGGGGCACGCCAUUGUCCACUGCUUAGAGCAGGAGAGUGACAUCCCAAAGGUCAGGAAGAUGAGUACAAGUGUCGGCCAAAACACUUUGAUCAGGUCCAAAGACAAACCAGAGCAAGUUAUUGUCCAAGUAAAGGCUAAGGUAAGUCCUAUACAUGAUAAAUCUUUUCAUAAAUCAUCUACCACUUGUAUGAUGCACUUGUCUUUGUCCAAGAGUGUUAUUACAGGUCUAAAGGAGCCUAGGUACAUAGAAGAAGAGGCGCCAGGCACAAACCUUCCCAUGGACCAGAAGGAAGCUCAAAGCACAAAGCAAUCAAAGUUGCUUAAUAAACCAAAACCAGUGAUCCAAGUAUCAAACCAAGGGAUACCAGAUGAGAGCCAUAUGCUUACUGGAGUUCCAAGUGCCGAACCAGAUCAUGAGCUCAAUCAAAAUCCACACCAUAAGUGGAAACCGAAAUCUGAACAAUGUACUGUUCAAGUGCCAAAAUCUGAGGUAAAAUUCACUUUAAACCAGAAUGUUUUUAUUGAUUCUAUGACAAGAUUAAUGCACUUGUCUUGUCCAAGGAAAAGUGAAAUUGGUACAGGAAAGCAAGGUUACUACAAGGCAAACAAAGAACAAGAAGUUCUUACUGCCACAUUUGACAUUAAGGUUAAUUGUUCUAUGUUUUCUUCAGUUUAUAAAUCCCUAUACUUUGGUAUAAUACACUUGUCUUCGCCAAGAUGUUUUGAUCCAGGGAUAAGUCAAGAAGAACAUAAAAACCGAGCUGAGCUAUCACAAGAAGAUGGUUAUACCAACCAAGGUAAACAUUUGCAAGAAAGGCAGCCAUCUAACCAAAUCUGUCCAAAGAAGAAUAUCAUUCUUCAUCAUGCUGAUGCACCCAAGGUAAAUUCGACCAUAACAAAUUCUGUUCAUGAAAUUCCAGUAUCAGAUAUAAUUCACAUGGUCUUUGUCCAAAAUGUUGAAAAAUUUUCAGGUUGCAAAGAAGAAAGCUUCAAAGAAAUCCCACCGGAUAAUCUUUUGUUGCUAGGAGGAUCAAACCCAAAGAUGGUCAGAACUGAGCCUGCUAGGAGUAUGAAGGACCAUCCACUGAAGAAGAGAAGGAAUGCAAAAUUCCAUAUCAGAGGCGUGAUCCUAUCCUAUUUGGUGAAAGAAGAGCCACCUGAUGAACAAUCCAUCCCCAAACCAAAACAAUAUCAAGGUAAGACCUUAGAAUCUGAAAAGAGUAUGAAAGCUGACUUGCUCUAUCUUGGUGCAGGUUAUACAGUUUCGAGGUCGAAACCUUUUCAAGGGGGAGGGAAUGUUGCGGCCAGCAAUUCAGCAGCUGAACCAGCGGUCGACCCAACACCCUACUCAACCAGCCAAGGCGCCAACCAGGACAUACGUGCACUAAAAUGCCAUAUAUUACAAACCAGGAGGGUUUAAAUCACGAGGAUAAUUUUUAUGGAUUCUACACUCAAGAAGGAGUCCAGACCAAUUGGAAUCUGCCCAAAAUAUUCAGGGAGCAAGAAGUUAUGAAAUUUUGGAAGGGGUUCUAAGUCAUUCAGAGGAACUCUACAAUAUUCAGGGACCAAUUGGAAGGGGUUCUAAGUCAUUCAGAGGAACUCUACAACAUCAUAGGAAGCACCAUGCCACACUGGAUCAGGCGGAUCCCAAUCAAACCAAAAGAUCAAGCCGGUUUGCAUCAAUUGGCCAAACCGACAUCAUUUAAGGAAAGUCUUCAACCAAUUCAACUUGGUUCGACCCAGGGCUAUCUAUGGGAACCAGGAGAUACUCUAGACCAUUCAGAAGACAUCCAAGACGUUCUCAGCUGGACCAGCACCCAGGAGAUCAGGCGGAUCUCUCUUCCCAUCAACCUUCCAUAUUUGGCAACAUCUACACUAAAUGCUUUGGAGAAGUUUCUACAGAUUUUUGCCCAAGACCAACGGCCAUAUUCUCUUUUACUGAGGCCAAGGAGUAUUUUAGGAAGGCUUGAAGAUCAUGGCCACGUCCAGAAGCUAUCAAGAUACAAGUCUUCACAAGUUUCUCUUUUGGAAGGAAGCAAAUCAAGCCUAACGGCUAUAUUCCAUGGAGUCAUCAAAGCCUUUGCUCCCAAGACUUUAAGUUCAAGUUAUUUUGUUUCCUUUUAUCAUUUUAUGACUGUUAGAGUCUGUCCUUGUCGAGCCUAUAAAGCUCUAGUCUUUGCUUCAUUGUAAAUCACCCAUUUUUGAAAGUAAUAAGAAUUAUUCAGUUUUCUAGUU